CAACGGAUUAGAGGAAAAGAGAAUAGAAAUUACUUGGUAAGGUCAAUCUCUUUUUCUAAUGUUAACCAAAGUAUUUCUGUUAAUCAACUGGUCCACAGAUCAUCAUCUUCAUCGUCCAUCCAAAAGGAAAACAAACUUUACUUUGAUCAUAAACCCGUGGAAGUAUAUUAAUCUCUCUCAUCUCUAUCCCGUAAUUAAGAUGAUGAUCAUGAUGAUGAUGAUCAUCAUCAUCAUGCUUCAGGUGAGUCUACGUAAUCCCUGAGGUUAUUGUCACUCCUUAAGUAUCCACAUAACAGUAGCCAUUGUCUUUCCAUAUCUGAACAUGAAAAGAUUUCAACUCAAUAACAAAAAGCUGAAAAAUCAACAUGACAAUCAGAAUAAUUAAAUCAUCAGUUAUAUGAUUAAAACAAUGGUCACUUUGUUAAUUGUUCACCAUCAUCAUCAACAAUCAUCAUAAACUUGAGCAUUUCAAAUUCAUUAACUACAUGAUUUGAAUAUUAAUAUCAUGUUGAUUUAACUAAUUUACUUUGACAGAUUAAUUCAUCUUUUUCAAUGUUCAUUCAUAUAAUUGACGAUUUUUUUUUCAAUAGAUAAUUAAACUUGAUUAACAUUUGAAUUUAAAUUAUUUUUUACUCACCAUCCUCAUCACUUUUCAUAUAAAAACAACAAUCAACAAUUAAUUUAAUUGUUUAAAGACAGAGAGAGAGAGAGUGUUAAUCAAAAGAGGAAUUAAUUUCUUUUACUAUUUCAAUUGAAUUAACUAUUCAAUCUGAUGACUAUUGUUAACACCGAGAUUUUAAUUGUCCUAAAAGAGAAACAAACAAAAUUGAAUUAAAUCUAAUUUCCAAUUGAUUGACGUAGUAAUUAAAUGGCGACAAGGGAUUACAAUUAAAAAGGAUCACAAUUAAGGAUGGUAAUUAAGGAUUGUAAAGUAAAUUAUGUUUGGCUAAUUUAAUAAACUGAUUAUAAGGGUUAUAAGUAUCUCGAGUUUACAGUUAGAUUGACAAUUUGAUUACCUUACGAUUGUUUGAUUAAUUAAAACAAAUUUUUUCUCAGUUAAUUGUGAUUAAAAUUCAAUCAUGGAAGGUCAUCAAUUACCUUUAUCAUUUUCACCAAUUAAUAUCCAACAAUUGUCAUCACCAUCAUCGUCAUCAUUGUUAACAGAAUCAUCGUUUUCAUUUACAACUUCAAUUGCUUCACAAAAUCAACAACAACAACAACAGCAAUUAAUUCAUGGUUCAUACGAUAAUCAUCAUGAAUUAAUUAAUCAACAUGAAAUUAAAACUUCACCCGAUAUUUGGUCAAAUAAUAUUUCAAACAAUUCAAAUGAUAAUUGGUCUUAUUAUUCACCGUAUUUACAAAUCAACGGAGUUCAAGAUUAUCUUAACGAUGAAUCAACUAAUGUCCAGAACAAUCAAAAUGAUCAAAUUCAUUUACCUGUUUCAUUACUUGACCAAUCAACUGACCUAAACUUUUCACAAUCAGAUACAAUUCUAGAUGGACAGCAAUUAUCUUCAUCCCCUCCGGCGACAGUUGAACAAUUAUUGUCAUCGUCACCAUCACCGACAACUGAACACAAUCAAGUUGCCACUCCAAUGGAAAACCCUAAUCAUCAUCAUCAUCAUCAUCAUUAUUUUAAUCCAAUCGGUCAAGAUCAACAACAAUUAAAUGUUGAUUUUGGUGAUAAUCUAAUUCAACACCAACAAUUUGAUUCAUCCAAAUGCCGACAAGAUUCAACAAGUAAACAGCACAAUCAUACAUCACCUUACCACCGAUGGGCUCAUAACAGUCCGACUCAUUUAGCCUCGAGCGGAGUUUGGCCUUUCUGUUCACAAUACUGUCAAGUUCAUGGAUCACGAAAUUAUCCUUAUUAUAAUCCCUAUUUAAUUUGUAAUCGACCCAAUCAACUUUAUUAUCCGUCAUCUUCCUCUCUCCCUUCAGCUUCCCAAUCAUCUUCCAAUCAAACAUCGGCACCACCAGAGAAUCAAUUAUCGACAUCACCAACUGAUCCUUAUCCUUUAUUAUCAUCAACAUCCAUUGAAAACUCUUGCAGUCAACAAUUUAAUCCAAUUCAAUCUCGACAAGAUCCAACCAAUAACGAAAUGUAUUCACCUUACCACCGGUGGGCAAAUGCUAAUCCUCAUUGUUUUCAACAUUGUCAAAUUCAUUCAACUCAAAAUUAUCCUCAUUAUCCUGGAAUCAGAUUUACUAAUCGACCAACUCAUCAAUUUUAUCCACCAAUUCAACCGAUACCUGCACCACCACCACCACAGCAACAGAUCACCUUCAUCUCUGAAAAUGGCAACUCUGUUGAAGAAAAAAAAGACAACUGA